UUCAAAAUGGCUGCCCCGGCAAGGACACUGAUAAAUGCAGUUAGACCUCAUAUACCAUCAAUUAAGUUUCGAUACGGAGCAUCAAAUGGAGGUACUGUUUUGGCAGAUGCAUUACUAAAGCCCAGAGAAGCAACCAGUUCUUCCACAGCAGCAGCACCAGACAGUAAAUUAGUAGGCAGUACACUGAAAGGCUCUGGUAUAGAAUACAUUGAACUCCCCAGUCGUUACCACAGGAAACCAUUAACACAAGAAGAAAUGGAAUAUAUACAGAGAGGAGGGCCAGCAUAGUGGAGUAUUUACAUAAACAAUGACGUGCAUGAGUUAACACAGCAAUGAAUGAAUGAUAAACAAGUGUGGGAAUGGACAAGAAAAAGGAUUUUUCAAGGAUACAAUUCGAUAUGCUAUUUUGUAACAUAAUUACUUAUGUAAUAAAUGGAGAGUAAUUUUCUUUAUUAAUACAUUUUUGUACUUAGAGUUUGUCAAAAAAUAUUGGUGAGACAAAAUCUUAGGUAUGAGAUGGCCAUUUUAUUUAUAGUUUACUUCUUAUGGGUUUACAGGUACUUCUUUUAUUCAACCUCCUCCUCACCUCUCAGACAAAGUUAGGGAUACAUAGGAUUCAGAAAGUGAAUCAUGAACAGACAGUGUGUUGUCCACUGAAUUGGGUCUCUGUAGCCCCUGUUUUAUCUGAAGUACUGAAACUCAGCAUAAUGGAGGUUUCUAUUAUAUCUUAAUAACUGUUUUAUAUCUUGUAUUUUCUGGGUUAUAAGUCAAACCAGUAUAUAAGCCGAUUUUUACGAUUUGAUCCACGUAUAAGCUGUACCCUUUCUUACGAAGUGGUAACCGUUACGUUGACCAAAGUUCUUUGAUAUAACCGACAAUGGAGGGCAAUUUAUCAAAAUUAUCAGUGAAGCAUUUAGUAAAGUUUACAAAUGAAUAACCUUUAUUUUGUUGAUGUAUUUCAAAACAUGUCAAAUAGCAAAUAUCAAAAUAGCUUGGCAAGGGUUCCUUCACAGAUUGUCUACACACAGAUAAAGGGCCUGAUGUUAUGUGCAGUUUACUAAACAAUCUCUCCAUCGGUGUCAGUACUGUUAUGUAUUAAUUAAGGCCCUUGCAUGCUGACCAAAUUCUAAUAGUCCCAUAUUAUUUCUUCUACAUGAAGCCUUUUAUAUCAUAAACAAUCAUGGUGGUCGGUCUAGAAUUUGACCUAUAACCCAAUGAUCUAUCUAUCCCAGGAUGCAAAAUGCUGUUGUAAACUAUGGCUUCGAAGUAACCGAAAAAGUCCAGAAGAUAUUAUUGUUAUUCAUAUUUAAAGAUAUGAUUAAUUAAGUCCAUGAGAAUGUUUUUUAUAUUUCAAUCUUUAAAAUCAUCCUGCAUACAAAUAAUGGUUCUAAAGAAUCUGUUUCUGUCACAAACACGUGAUGGCCAGGUACUCAUAAAAAACUAGAUCUGUUUCGUAAUGGUAUGCUUCCUAUUUUUAUUUCUUUUCCAUCCUUUUAAUUUUCUACAGCUAAUAAUCCAGAAAAAUACAAUAUCUGGUUUUACAAGUACUGAAAUGGACUAUAACACAAAUUCCCAGCAGGAAUUUUGCCUGAUGAUUUGUAAGGCCACAUCAAAAUUCAUUUAAAUUGGUAUGGAGUGAGCAUGUUUUCCUUAGAAUUUCAGAGGACAACUCAACCACUUAUACAAUUUGGGUAUAUAUACUAUAUUACACAAGGUAAUUUUGCCAUGUUUUGUUUAAAAUAUUGAAUAGUGUUAGGUUGGGGAAUCAGUAAAGCUCAUACUUCAAAUCUGAUUGAGGUGUUUAUAUCUUCCUAUUAAACCAGAUGUGGAAGUCUAGAGAUGUUUGUAAGACUUUAAACUUACAUCCCAAUGGUGCCUUACAGAUCAGCAAGGUAUUGGUCACCUUUGUAAGAUUCUGCCUGGACCAUACUGGAAGUGGUGUUUCUACAUGUGUUAUGUGAUGGUUCAAAUAACAUUGAAUGCAUUUGCCGGUUUUUAUUAACUUAUGAAUAAACAAUUUUGUGUGA